AUGCAAACUUUGGAUACACCAAACUAUUUUAUUAUAAGUGAUGAUAAAAAAGGCAAAGAUGUCAAUAAUUUAAUGACAAAAACAACAACAACAACAACAACUUUAAUAAAAACACAAAAAACAACAGGUGCACCUUUAUUAUUAAAUACUACUAUCACUGUAACCAAUGUAACCAAUGAAGCUAAUUUAAUAAUUAUACAGGAUCGAGUAAAUAAAAAUAAUAAUGAUAAUACUACUAGUAGUAGUUGUAAUUGUAGUGGUUGUAGAAUAAUUACAAACAAGAUAGUUGUUGAUAAUAAUAAUAAUAACAACAACAAUAGUAAUCAGAAUGAAGUUUAUAUAACAUCAUAUAACACUGGUGUUGAAGGUGGCAAAGGAGGAUCGGUACCACUUCACUCAGCUCUAAUAAUCAAGACAGAAUCAAAGAACAUUAACAUAAACUUCCCAAACAUUGUUCUAAUACAAGAGAUAACAUCAUUCACCUAUAGUUCAACAAAGAAUAUACUCUAUGAAAUCAUAGGAAAUCAACCCGAUGUUGGUAUUGCACAAUUCAACAAAAGAAAGGCAAAUCAACUAGCAAUACUUUAUCACACAUCUCACUUUAACCUAUUGCUAAAAGUAAAAACCAUUCAUCGUUUUCAAAUAGCAGUAUUCAAACUGAUUAAUACUGACCUUAAAUUUGUGGUGAUCAAUAUGCAUUUACCUAAAAAAGCAGAGAAAUCUGAAAGAGAUGAAACACUCUUUGUAUUUUCAAAGUUUAUGAGUCUACUAAAGAAGAGUGGAGUUGCUGUGGUGUGUGGAGGUGAUUUUAACCAUGACCAAAGUGAGAUAGCCAGUUGGAGGGAUACAUUCGAUUUAGAUGAUGAACCAAUCAGCUUUCUAAACUGUAAAGACGUCAAAACAACAGAGAGUAAUUGUAUCGAUCAUAUCAUUGUCAACAAAGGAAGUAUCAGUAGCUCCACCGUUGAUGUAUUUAAGGUAACCGAUAAUCAAUCAGUUAACCACAAAGCUGUCAGAUCAAAACUAUAUUUCAACACUAAUCAUAGCAACAACAACAACAAUAACAACAACAGUAACAACAAUAAUAAUAAUGUAGAUAUUCAACAAUUGUAUAGAGAUUCGAUAAAAGCUUGGGAAGAUUUUAGAUCGGAGAAAAGAAAAGUUAAAGAUGAAGAAAAAACAACCACUACAACUACUACUACAACAACAGCAACAACAACAAAUGAUGCAGCACCAAAAAAAUUUCAACCAUUAUCAUCACGUCUCAAGAAAACUGAUGAUAGUGGACCAACUGUACAAAAUCAAAAACCACAGGUGACUAAACCCAAGUUUGAUUCUAAUAGCUCCGAUCUUGAACUGGCCAAAGAGUUUAAACAGCGUUGGAGUCAUAAUAUUAAAUCAUUUUUCACAAUGCACUUUCCAAAUAAUCUUAGUGCUUACAGAUAUUUUCUAGAGUAUUCCAAUAACAAAUUUAAAAAUUCUAAAUACCACCAAGACUGUCGUGACAUCAUUCAUUCUACUCGUUUAUAUUAUAUAACUAUCAAGAAACUUACUUUACAUGUUUACAAUGAAAUCCCAGGGGCAUUCAAACAUGCUUUUCCAGCUGCCUUUUGUCGCUUUAAACAUCGACAACAAUUUAAGAACAAUCACAAUAUUAGAUCAGCAAUUAUAUUUUUCAACAAUCAGAAUGAAUACAAGAGAAAGCAAUACAAGGAUUACACAAGACUAUUGCUGGAUUUGGGUACAACAACAGUGAUAUGCCAAAAACUAUCAAGUACACAACUUUGGCUUGAAUAA